CUGUCGGCUUCGAUCUGCCCUACUUUUGUGGAAGGUCUUUUGCAUGGGACAGCGCUCGCUCCAUCGUAUGAUCCUGAUACGCUACACACCUCGACUUUUCCUCAUACCCUGGCUCGGUCGCUUCCCGUUGCUCGUACCACGCCUGGCCGCUAGCAUCCAACGUCCGGGCCCUGCUCCUGCUCAUUUCCAUUCCGUUUCCGCCCUCCAUUCCUCUUCUGGCUUCUCUGUGUUCACGCCUAAGCUUCUUCCAGGACCACACCUCUCUCCACAGGCUGCAACUUGCAUCGCUCUGCGUGUCAGGAUAUAUCCAUUAUCAAGGCUUUCACUCGGCUUGGGUACCCAGGUUUACUAAAGUUUAUUAGCAAGUUGUGGUCUUGUUCGGAUAUAUCCUGAGGAUCCCUUUUGAUCUUUGACACACUACAUGCCCACUGGUUCGAAACUAAUCGCCAUUGAAUCAUAUACUCCAGAAGCCAACGUAACAGGGACCCAUUACCACGUUUCGAUCGACAUCAAGGCCUUUGGUUAACUUCUACUACUCUGGAUGGAACCAGCCUUUCUUUGGACAAGAAUCAAGCCAUUCAUCACACUCGGACCCUGGCCUGCAAGAUCUCAGAAAGCCACACCUUCGAUCCUGGUCGGAAGCCCGGUCCCUCGCUUCUUGACAUAACUACCCACCAUCUCCCAAUCCUCCAACAUCUUGGAAUUCUUGCCUGAGAUCUCACCUAGAGGUCUUGCACUGUCGCCAACCCAACGUCACUGACAGCCUCCUGCAAUCAACUUUAUUCCCUCGUUUUGAUAUAUACCAGACGCUCUUGUAUGUCUUUCUUUGUAUCCCAGACCACGGCACGGUUGUUCUAUCGUUCAUCCGUGCAUCAACUUCCUUCACCUUCACUUGAACCGUUGACCUGUCGACCGCACUCAUGUUACUAGCAUUGAGUCAACCAAACUACCCGCAGACCGAUAUUAAGCCGCCUCAUGAAUACUCGGUUUAUAACAAGGCAAAUCCAUCCAGGUAUUCCCCACCUGAGUCACCUCGCCAUCUACCAUCCGUCUUCGAGGACAAUAGGAUGAACAACUCUCAUCGAGGGUUGCCUCUACCUACAGGUCUCAAUCUGCCUCCGCCGGAUCGAGGGCACUCUGCUGCUCCGCCGUCUUUGGCAUACUUGCCCGCACCUCCUUCACAAUGGGCGGGCCAGGAUGAGUCCAUGCGGAGUUGGUUACAUGCCAAAGCCGAAGAGGAUCGCAGGAAACAAGAGGAGGAAAAGACUCGCCAGGAAAGCUUUCGAUUGGAACAGAGGCGUAUUGAGCAGACCAUGUUACGAGAAUCGCUACAGGGAGGGAUUCCUCCUCCUAUGGUCCCGCUAGUCUUUGCAGGUAUCGGAGGGGGCAAUCUUCCCUCCCACACUUUGGAAUGGGCCCAGCAGUAUCUUGCCUCUCUGAGUAUUCAAAAUCAACAGCAGCAGCAACAGAUUCAAGCCCAGCAACAGCAGUUCCAACAGCAGAUUCAACAGCAGCAACAGCAGAACCAGACUCAGACAUCUCCAGUCCUCCCUCGAGACAGCCGGAUAAUCCCAGCGAAUCCAUACGGCGGGCAGCAGGGCCUGCAAGGAACACAAUCUAGCAAUCCCAUUCCCCCUGCUCCUCCCGGACCUCCUCUUGGUCGGAAUUCCAUUUCAGCUCCCCAGUCCACCUCAUCUCUUUCCAGACUGAAUACUACAGAACUCAUUCCCAAUUCUACGACGGGGUCAACCAAGCAGCCAGUACAUUCACUCCAACAGCAACAGCCGGCGGCGGCAGAGCCUGGCAUUUUCUUCCAUCACUGGACACCACCCAAUCCAUCCUCUGGAGGAAACCAACCUCCCACACCCUCAGGCAAGAGUGCGCAUGGAUCGCCGUUUUCACAGACCAAUGCUUCGCAUCUGCGAGCGGACUAUCAGAACUCGCCCAAGAAACGCAAGGUGGCAGGCGGUGGGGCGGUUCACGCACCCACUUCUCAGCCAUCUGAUCCUUCACAGCCUCAUUCAAGCCGCUCGUCACGAGAACGAGAGGUGUCACCCGGGCAUCGAUAUCGAGCCAGGCGACAUUCACGGCACCAGAGUGACGAGUCCAUGCGUGACCAAGACAACGGUGGACGCACCGUCCCUCGGCCGAGUAGCCGACAACAACGUAGAGAUGAGCUCAGCGGCGGCAUGCCAGACCCAAGAAGGCAAUUGACUGGGUCUUCGACCAGUGGAUCGAGCGAGGACAAUCCAGUUCGGUAUGAGGGGUACAGAACAUGAAACGCGGUAAUUGUGCCACCCGACUGGUACGGAAAUGAAGGAGCACGGAUCGGGUAAGAGCAGCAUUGCUGAGUGUGGAGGGGAAGUGUCUACCGUAUCUUUCGGCUACCUCGAUUGGCAUCAUAAGCUUGGUCAUCCUAACUAGUCCAACUGUCCUUGUUCCAGCGUGAACGACUUGAGAUGCACAUCAUCCUCGCCUGAGCCAUUCGGUGGGCAUGAGAAUCAGCCAACAACAAGGGGGUUGGCCUGAAUCGUUUUGAGGUAUUUUGCACUGUUUCGCCAAGUAUCUCCAAUCAGACGACAGGUCACUCACGGGUUUGCUGGUCGAUGUGGCCGACGCCACGCCAUACUACGAAAGCUACUCGAAAUUCAACAUGUAUUUGUUUUGUUUAGACUCCGCAUCAGAAGUUGGAAAGACUAUGGAGCGCAAAGAAGACGGUUGUCUAAUGUCGCUUGCAAGGUUCUGGCCUUUGUGUACAAAUUGAGAACAAAGUUCUUGAUUUCCAGAUGUGGGGAAGUGUGAUGAUAUCAGGACCCAGCCUUACGAAAUUGAGUGGAAUACCCAUAGCCUCCUGUAACAUGAUGAACCAAAUUCG